GAGUAGAUGUAGCCAGUCCUGGACAGACGGCCGCCAAUCCAGUAUCUCGCGAAUUACUCGCCCGAUCUACAAUCGAUCGACUUGAUCCGACGUGUGAGCGAACUCACCGGGAAGAAAACGAAUAAAGAAAAAAUAAAUAAAUAAAGAGUGUUUCAGUCGGUGUGCAGAUUUGGGAUUACCCUUUCUCGCGAGAUUUCGUGAGGUAGGGCCUAAGAGGAGCGCAAUGUCAGCAGCUGUGAAAGAACGAACGACUACACACACCACCAGGAAAAUUGUGAGUCAUGGCGGUCCUAUAUCUGGCCAGAGAGACGGAGCAGCUACAGCCAGCAGCCUCGAAAACAACUUAGAUGCACUUCUAGAAGACUUGCAGACAAGUGUCUCGAGAAGUGCUACUCCGAGCCGAGGUGGCAGAGCACUCUCGCCCCAAGUUGAAUAUCGGGUGGCUGCUAACCCUACCAAAGUAGUCUCCGAGGGCAGACCCAUCUCUCCGGCACGUACGAGAGUGACCACUACUGAAAAAUUCGUUAGUAGUGGCCCAAGUGGUACGCCAAGCGGUAUACCGGGAUUGGAACUUCUGGAUGCAGAGCUGCAAAAUGUCCAGCCUGGUCAGAGCAAGACGAUCGCAUAUAAGCAAGUGUCGUACCAGUACAAUAAGGAUUUAGACGGAAAGCCAGAUUCGUGGAUUACAUCAGAAAGUAAACUGCCACUCACUGGCGCGCCCUUGAUCGACGACAUUCAUGAAUCUACUUACGAGGAAAGUAAAACUCCAGCGACGUAUCAAAGUCCGGAACCGAUUAUCAAGAAAAAAGUGGUCAAUAGAGAACUGGUCUAUGGCGACAGCUCAACACCUCGUUCGAAGCAAGCUUCCUCUCUGUCUGGGGCUCAAAAGGAUGUGAAGUAUAUCCAUGAAACCAGUUACCAAACUGAACCACGACCAGUCCAAAGCAGUGUAACUACUGUACACACGAACGUACCGCAAGAAUACAAAACUGUUGAGUACGUGCCAGUCCCGUCGCCAAGUCCGGCGAUACCGAUCAAUCUAGCACCCGGUCCAAAUACAAAGGUGACCACUACAAUCAAGACAUAUACCUACGAGUUACCAGGAGCACCAGAGACAUAUCUACCAGGUGGCAAUAUGCCAGGAAGUGUUGUGCUUCCUGGUGAGCAAACAAUUACAUAUACCCUACCGAGAAGCAGCAACAUCACAGACAAGACCGUCACGUACCAAACCAUGACGGAAAAUGCUCCACCGGGACAUCCUGGGACACCGAUCAGAUAUAGCAGCCCGUCUCCGACUGAUGUCACUAAAAAAUCAACAACCAUUCAUAAGGAGGCCAAGUUCUAUCAAGAAGAGCAUCAUGGAACAUUGCCGUACGACGACGGCCAACCGACGCAGCCUUCUUACACCUAUCGCACUGCUCCACCGCCAACAAACAUGGAAACCAAGACUACCGUAACCAAAAAGUAUUACCAGGUCGAUGGUAAUUAUCCUAAUGGACACGAGCCGAGCGAUCGUCCGGACUAUCCUGGCAGUACAACAGUCAUAUAUCAAAAUCAACCGCCAACCGUCAUGGAAACGCAUACUAGGACUGUCAAUCGAAUCGAAGAGUAUGGGCCUGGCAGGCCGUCCAGUGACCAUCAACCAACGCUCGACAAACCGGACACUUCGACGAAAACAAUAACGACCUAUUAUCCACAGCAGUCGCCGCAGGCUGGUACAACAAUCUACAAGUUCUCGAAUACCACAACAACGAUACCGCCGAAAAAGAACGCGGAUGAUCACGAAGUUCUCCUGCCAAAACCGUUCCCGACCGGUGUUCAAGUGUAUCCUACUAAACCGACCACCAACGGUGAAGGUCCGCCAACAAAACUCGAAGAUCUUAUGGCUUCAUUCUCUGACUCCGAGCGAGAAGUGUUGGAGGAUAUAGAAAAGCAAGAACGUCAAAAGAAGAAGGAAUCAGCAACUACAAAGAAAGAAGUUGAUUUCGUCCCGCAUACACCACCGAAAGUGAAAAGCAAGAAUAUUGCUGGACCGCCGGUUUAUUAUCCUCCUGGCUCGGCAGAAUUCACCAAGAAGGAAGAAUCUAGUGCAGCCAUGUCACAAUCUAGCGGUGGAUGGCAAAAAGCAAGUGGAAAAUAUGAAUACGAAGCUUCUAGCAAAAGCAAAAGCAAAAGCAGCAAAGGAGGCGCUGUCGUGCCAGUUUGUCUACCAUUAUGCUGCGCAUUACCCUGUGUCAUUAUGUAACUAUUUGUUGCAUUAACAUGUUGAUACGUUAACCGUCAAAUUCAAAUUGGCUGUAACGUUAAUAGGCCACGUGUACCACUGAUUGUCAGAAUGUUUUUUAUAGAGCUAUUAUGCACUAAUAAUGAGUCUUAUUGUGAGUCUAGAAUUAUUGCAUACAAUCUGAUUUAUAUUAUAAUAAUAUACUGACAGUGUUACUUUGUAUUGUAAGUAUUGACAAACAUAAAAGGUAAACUUGUAUGAAAAACAAAAUCGUAUGAAAUACUAAACCGACCACCAGCGGUGAAGGACCAUUAAUAAAAAUGCCAGUGGUACACGUGGUAACAAAUUAUUAUUAAUUAUUAAGCAUAUAACGUGGUAUAUACAUUUAUGUAAUUGAAGAGUUAAUUGUAUACUUAAAAAUUCUCUUGUUAACACGAGAUCUGACUGUUUACUUUA